GACGAUCUCUAGCUGUUUCGCGUGGUUUCCCGGCUCGGCUUCGGCGUUCCCCCCUUGUCGGCCGCCGUCCGUUCUCGGAAACCCCGAGGAAUUCUCUCUUCGAGCAUGGUGAGAGUUAAGGAGGAAUACGAUGUGGUGGCGACCCCUUCAUUUUUCAAUGGCAGCUGCGACUCGUAUCCUAAGAAAUCCCUGUCCACUUUAUCGUACAGUUCCAGGAGGGCAAUUGGUCCAAUUAGGCGUUCAACAGGAGGAAGAUGGACAAAGGAAGAGGACAGAAUUCUUAUUGCAGCGGUGCAGAAGUUCAAUUGCAAGAAUUGGAAGACAAUAGCUGCAUGUGUCCCUGGUAAGACAGAUAGUCAGUGCUUGCAUCGCUGGCGAAAGGUUCUAGAUCCUCGUCUUAUUAAAGGGUCUUGGAUAAAGGGGGAAGAUGAUCUUUUAAUCAAUUCAGUUAAGAGAUAUGGCUGCAAAUGGUCGCUGAUUGCAAAAACCUUUCCUGGUCGCACAGGCAAGCAGUGCCGAGAAAGGUGGACUAAUCAUCUCAAUCCUUCAGUAAAGAAGGUUGCCUGGACAGCAGAAGAGGAAUCCAUUCUUGCUCACUGGCACCAUAUUUAUGGUAACAAGUGGGCACAAAUAGCAAAAUUUCUUCCUGGAAGGACGGACAAUGCAAUUAAGAACCAUUGGAACUGCUCAAUGAAGAAGAGAUUGGGUUCAUGGUCAACUGGCUGUAUAAUGGAAAUGUCUGAUGCUAGCUCUGAAUUUUGCAGUCCAGAGGUUAAGGCAGAUUGCUUGAUGGUUAAGUUGGAGCGACAAAGUGCAGAUGAAAUUACUUCUGUUGAUCAGAGAAUGCAUCUGGACUUGAAUAGAAGUUGUUUCACUGACUUCACUUCUGAAUAUUCUCAUGGUGGUAUCAUGGAAUCGGAAGCGGUAAAUUGUUGUAUAUCAAGAGCUCCUUGGCAUUCAACAGCAGGGGCAAAUAGCAGAGGAUAUCCGACUGCCAAUCCAUUUCAUGUGGCUACUGGUUUUUCUGGAGAUGCUGAUAGCGGUUCUAAUAUUUCAGUUUCCUCACUGGCUGAUCCUUCAAGCAUCGGUGCAUGUUCAACCGUUGAGUUAACUCCCAGUCCUGUCAAAGUCGAUCUUUCUUUUGCUUCGCAGAGUUUUGAAUCACCUAAAAGGAUAAGAGUAGGUGCUACAAAUACAAAAUGUGGUGAUGAUCCUGGAUAUUUUUGUUCGACUCCCUCAAAAUCCACAGAUAUGGACUUCACUGGUGCUGAUAAGAGAAAAAACGUCAGUGAUAUGUUAUCAUCAGCACUUCAGCUGAGAGAUCCAGUCACUUUGGUUGCAAAUAAUGGUUUCACAGGUGUGGAGAAACAAUGUAGCCCAUCAAGGACUUCGUAUUACCUUUCCACUCCCCCUAACUCGGUGAGUAGUGUUAGUGUCAAAAGUUGGAGUCCAGAGUUGAUUUUGAGGAAGUUGGCAAUGACCUACGAGCAUACUCCCUCCAUCAUCAGAAGGCGAUGCUCAAAGAACUCAGGCGAUGCUUCUUACUCCGGCUCUGCUAGCACACCAGCAUUGAUGUUAUCAAAUUCUCGAGAGAAGGAAGGUGGUAGUGUGGAUUUUCUGCAUGUGGAACGAGGUCUUCUCUUGAAUCUUCAUAAUGCUAGAAUUUCCACUGCUGCUAAAUGUCUGGAGAGACGCCUAGAACAUGCCUUUGACAUGGAAAUGGAUACAGCCAUUCUGUGAACGUGGGGGUUAAUGCCAAAGCGCAUUCCCUGGAGAUAAGUGAGCAAAUCAAUGACAUUUCAUCAGUACUGAACAUUUCUAUCAUGUCAAUAAGCUCCAGGACGAGGCCUUGACAAGAAGAUAGUUAUUUCGCUGAUAGUAUCUUCAUCUGCAUCCAUUUUGUAGCUUACUUUGCUCCAUGAACUUUUUCGCUAUUACUCUGAUUCGUGGUGAUGACAAUGGCACAGACGUGUGUAUAAUGUGGCCAUGUUACUUCAAUUGAAACAAGUACAUACAAAAAAGAUUUUCCCUCUCUACUGCUAUAACUUCGAGAUUGCAUGUAGAGAGGGAAAAUCUUUGCUUCCACAGUUCUUUAGGCCCACUCUUUGGUAUAAUGACUUGGUUC